AUGGGAGUUGAUGAAAAGAAGUAUUAUGAUAAGCCAGAAGGAUCCAUAUUCUACGAUGGGUCUGAUGAAGAAAUACAAGAGCUCGGAAAAACGUGGCUCAAGGCAAAGACUGAGGCACAAAGAAAACCAAUCCGGAUGGUAUUAUUCAAGAAGGCAUUUCUUGAGGAUGGCGUGCAUUUCUUCUCCUUUUGCUCUGGUGCAUGGGAGGAAUCCCACAGUACUGAUCAUUGUCCCAUUUGUGACGAAUGUAAUGAUUGGAGAGAUUGGCAUUGCAUGGAUUGUGGAAAGUGCCAAUUUGGUAUAUCCAUCCCUUGUGAAGGUUGUGGUGGAGUGUCAAAUGCGUAUCAUGGUCAAUUGGAAUCCUUGUAA